CAACGCCAUUUAUUUCCAAGCAUUCUAUGUGGAAGCCAGGGAGCCUGAAGGAAGCUGUGAAGCUAGUGGAAUGAUUCCCUGUGUAGCUGAAACURUGUUAGCUGAGUGCUGCYAAUGGCAUGGUGAGAUGUGCUGAAGAGCAGCUGCGAGGGUGUUCAAGGGCAGGGGACGGCGCUAGAGCUGGGCUGCCAGCACCAUGGGCCAGUGUGUCACCAAGUGCAAGAACCCUUCUUCCACCCUGGGCAGCAAAAACGGGGAAAGAGACUCUGGCAGCAAAUCCCACAGCAAGAGAAGUGCAGUGCACAAAGACGACCAUGGCUCGGCUUGCGGGAAGCUUUCGGGAGACAUUCUUGUCAAUGGGACAAAGAAAACAGAUGCUGCUGUAGAGUCCAGCCAGCCCCCCACCUUUGCUGGAGAUACAAAGAAAGACUCUGUGUGCAGUGCAGAGGAAUCUUCUCUUCAAAAGAUUGGGGAGUUGUUCAGGAGGUACAAGGACGAGCGGGAAGAUGCCAUACUGGAAGAAGGAAUGGAACGAUUUUGCAAUGACCUCUGUGUUGAUCCCACUGAAUUUAAAGUACUAGUUUUGGCUUGGAAAUUCCAGGCUGCUACCAUGUGCAAAUUUACAAGGAAGGAGUUUUUUGAAGGCUGCAAAGCAAUAAACGCAGACAGCAUCGAUGGCAUUUGUGCAAGGUUCCCCAGCCUCCUGAACGAAGCCAAGCAGGAGGAUAAAUUCAAGGAUCUCUAUCGUUUCACCUUUCAGUUUGGCCUGGACUCUGAAGAGGGACAGCGGUCGCUGCAUCGGGAAAUAGCCAUUGCCCUUUGGAAAUUAGUCUUCACCCAAAACAAGCCCCCCAUUUUGGACCAGUGGUUACACUUCCUAAUCAAGAACCCCUCAGGAAUCAAGGGAAUCUCCCGGGACACGUGGAACAUGUUUCUAAAUUUUACUCAGGUGAUUGGACCGGACCUCAGCAACUACAGCGAGGACGAGGCGUGGCCGAGUCUGUUUGACACCUUUGUGGAGUGGGAAAUGGAGCGAAGGAAAAAGGAAGAGGAGACCCAAAGUGUUCUGUGCUCGGACACAGAGGGGCUGUGUGGGGAUGAGCAGACUUAGCAAACAGCACUGACAAAAACAACUCAUUGCCCUUCACGAAAUGUAAACUCUGGAUGUUUCUGGAAAUUACCGAGGCUCCAGAUUUUUCUACUUUACACCUUUUUCUGCCUUGUCUUUGAAAGGGCUCUAAAAUGCUGUAUCAUGUUUUAGGCACUUUCUUAAUUUUGGUUAUUCCUCUUAUUCUUGCCCUGAAAUAUUUGACCCUGGCUACCAGUUAYGCGUUUUUUGGGUUUGUUUUUUUUUUUUUUUAAGACUUCAGAUUAGUAUAAAUAAGUCUGAUACUUCUUGCACAAUGUAGAUCUUUUUAGUUAGGUUAAAUUAACAUUGCUAAAUUAUACAGUGCCAGAUUAAGUUUUUCAUACUACAUCUGUCAGGGCAGGUCUGUACUGUGUGUAGUGCUGUUUACAUUGUUGAAAUUUUAGGCUGUAAUAAUUUUAAGGUUUUAUACCAAGAUGAACAGCAGUGUUAACUAUAAAUGCAUUAAUCCUGGGUAAUAAGUCUCUGAAAACCAACAUAAGCAACAGCUUUUUGUAAUAUGGCUAAUUCCCAUUUGGAGCUAACUCCUAGUGAAUGAGUCCAGAUCAUUCCUUUUUUUGGACUUUCAAACUCAAUGUUGGGAUUGUUUUAUAAAAUUACUGUACCUGUCAGUCAACUGAGUGGUAGAUGACGAUUUGUAUCUAAAUCUCUUUACACAUUCAUGUAAUAAAAGAGCAGUACUACCUCAGUUUUAUUGAAAGUGGACUUGUUGAUGGACUUCCAUUUUCUCUGGAAGUUGUAUUUUUGUGGUUWCAUGAGAAUAUUUUUACUUGACUAAAAGAACCAAAGGUUCUGCUUCUUAAGUUUGCUAAACAUUGACAGAAGCAACACAUAAAUCCUAAGUCUUCAAGGAAAACUGUGGUAUAAUUCUGCUUUAAUUUGUUUGAUUUAUACCURAAGUAUUACCUUACUUGUCUGGCAAGCACAGUACUUCUAUGUAAGGAACUACCUUUUGCAUUAAUAUUGACAAACCAAUUUUUUAAAGCCUAUGUUUAAUUGCUAAAUUGCAGUUAAUACUCCACACUUUCUGGAGCAACAAUAUCGGCAUCUGAUGACAAAGUGAAUUCUUCAUGUGUUCUUAAUGACAACAGUGUAGAUGAGUCAUUUUUAGACUGAUUUGAUAAUAUUUGGAUAGGAGUCAAUUUAUUAUUUUACAAUGCCUGUAUUGGGACUAUUUGCCUGUUAAAAUUGUUGUGACUUAAAGGGAGUUUUAUUAACACUGGUUGAAACUUUUUUGGUUAUUGAUGCUACCUUUUUUAAUUUUAGUAUGUCAACUUUUUUACACCUUUUGGUAAAAGGAUUGAUUGCCAAGGCUUUCUCUGUAGCCAAGUGCUGGCUUAUUGAAUUUGAUAUACUUUUGUUACACACCUUUUAUUUGAAGAGCUGCAUUUCAGCAUCAUAAACCAACUUUAACUGAAAAAGAACCAAAACCAAAACAAAAAAAGGCCUGGGCAGUCAUCCAUAGCAUCUAAUGGCUGCUGUGAUAGAAGGAUUUUAGAGCUAAAGGGAACAGGUUUUAAGAGGUGAGUUUGUGUCCAGGAUGCCAUGCUUUGAACGAGAGAGGAGCAGGAUCUGCCCAAAUUCUGGGAUGGCUUUGUGGUGUGCAGCCUCUGCAGUAGCUUGGCUUGAAGGGCAUAAAUCACUACCAAAAUGUGGGUAAUGCAAACUGUUUAAAAACAAACCCACAAGCCACAGAUACCAUCUCUUUCAUCUAAUAAAAGAAGAGUACGGUCCAUGCUGCUCUUGCUUGCAGAAAAGCUGUGGAAAACAAAUGUGGYUGUUUUAGGUGCAGCUGGAUCUGUCCCUUUGCAGGAGGAGAGCCCUCAAUUUGCUGUUUUAUGGGUAAAUGCACCCAAAGCUUUGUCCUUGCUGCCCUAACCUUCCAUGGCACUAAAGWGUUCAGCAUAAAACCCUUUUCUGGUUCGGUGAGCAAAGCAGGCCAAAGCACUGGUGCUGGAAUUGUUGGAUUUGUGGUGAGACUUUUGCUGGUGCUGUUAUUUUUCAAAGACUAAAAUAAGUUCCCCAACAGAGGCUGCUUUGUUAGGAAAAGUUCCAAAUGGAGACUGAUUUGAUAGUAAAUGAAGACUGUAUUUGUAAGUUUGAGACUCUUSGUUCAUUCAGCUAUUAAAUAUUUUGUUCAUCACUUUUUUUUUCCCCAAAGGAAGUUUUAAAUGUCCAGAGUGUGAAGAGUAACUAUUCCAAAGGGUAGGCAGUGCAUGCAUGCACAGCAGAUGGUGGCAGYUUCUCAUUUGCACCCCACCAAACAGCAGCUCCAAAGGAUGAGGGCUGGAGAUCUUKGAGGAAGGUUUAUCUUGUGUUUGGAUGUGACAGCAGGAGGAAAUCAAUCUGUGGCAUAUCAGGCUCAUUGGGAUGUGUCAGCUGCAGCACAGCUUUUUAAAGGCAGAGGUGAACACACAGGAAAGGAAAAUCUGCUUUGCUGUGGGAAAGGCUGUGAAAUUCCUGGUGGCUGUGGCCCCACAAUGUGUUCAGUGUGGGACAGCUCUGCUCCUGUUCUGCUGCUUCAGCCAGGCAGAGCAACUCCACCUCAGGCAGGGAACUUGCAGAAAUAGCCAAAUGAUCUGUCUAGCAAAGUAUCACUYAUUUGUAGCCUAAUUUCAAUCCUUUAAUUGCCAUUUGCAGAAUGCAGAGCAGACUGUGUCAGGUUUGCAGUGGAGAAGCAGAAGCUGAGGUGCAGCUCUGGGGCAGUGAGCGAGGCCAUCCCACCUUCCCUUGGAGUGCUGCUGAUCUGGGGUGAGGCARAGGCUUUGUGGUGAUUCUGAGAAAYCCUGAUUAAUAUUGGAGCCUGGCAAAAUAUACUUGUUUAAUGGUUAAACUGUGAAAAUCUGUGCAACAGGCCAAAUGCAUUCACUCUGCAUUUUUAUAUAAUUUAAAUCUUCAUUGUGUAGGGCACGGGACUGUAAGUGAGCACUGAUGCUGAUGAAAUCCUUGAAACCAUUGCAACUGUUUAAUUUUUUUUUAAAUUAGAUUAUGCAUUAGGAAACUUUAUGCAUGUAGUAAAUCUGCUGCAACUUGGGAUAAAUAACUAUAGAUAACUAUGUAGAUAGAGUAAUAUACUGGAAAASUGGUCUGAUGUCCACAAUCUGUGGCAUUUUACUGCCUUCUCUUAUAUGCAAAGAAAUACAACUCCUGUAAACUUUAGUCCCUAGUAAUAAAACACUGACACCUGCACCAUAUUACAGUUUGCAACACCUUUAAAAUUUGGUUUCCAGAUCAACUGGAGGCUUUAUUGUGCUAAUUUUUACUUGCAUGAGUGCAUUUCUGAGGUCAAAGACUAUCUAUUGAUUCAAGUAAGGGUUUGAAAGGUCCUGCCCAUAGCUGGCUGUGAAACAUGACCGAGGAAAUGAGCUGGAAUUGAACACCAAAUUGUGAGUUUAYUUGCUGCUGGUGCUAUUCUACAUGGAGAAUUACAGCUUUUAGUACUGUGCAAUGCACAGGAAAAUGCCUGAAGCUGUGGCAGUUGGGAGCUGCUCCCCCAGGCUGGCCCAGCAGAUCUGGAUCAGCCUCUGAAGCAGAACAGCUUCUCAGCCAAGUUAGAGCAGGUUCAGAGCUGAGCUGAGCUUUGCUGAGGACUGAGAGGCUCAGGGGAUGCAGCCCCUCCUGCCAUACUGGGGCUGGGGCAGCAGCAGCUUCACUGCCUGAUUUGUAUUUCAGUCCCUCUGUGUCCUUCAGAGCCUGAAGAACCCAUGGUUCCAGACCUAUGCACUGACCAGUGACCUUAAACUUUUUGUGACACUGUCAACAUAAUAUUGUACCUACAGUUCUAAGCCUUGUUUCAAAAAAAAAGCCCAACAAAGUUAUAGAAACACCAUGUAGUUAAUAGGUGCCUCAAUUGUGAUAUUGUUUGGCUGAGGUUACAUCGUUCCCAUUCUUCAGUAAAUAACAGUCAUUGUGAGUUUUUGGGUCUUGCAGCCUUGUGUUCUGCAGUGUGAUCCUUUUUUAGAAGGUAAAUUGGGCACCUGGUUCUUCCCUUGAGCCCACUCUGCUCAAAGUGUGUGCAUGUGAAUUUAGCCUUUCAUAUUAAAACUUAACCUGAAACUCAAAAUUCUUCAGGGUAGUGCUUCAGUAUAGAGAAAACCAUAUUUUUUCAAAUAAGUAUUAAAGCAAAGAGUCUUGCUCAGAUUUUGUUGUGUGCAAACAAACCCACCAGUGUUAACAUUUUCUCUCUGGACUAGUGAAGAUUGAACCUUUGGUUUUGUAGUGUGARCUGAAGUGAAAUUCAUGAGAUUGUAAGACAGAAGGAAGGCUGCAACUCCUUCACCAUGAAUUACAUAGGURUGUCUACCUCUUGUUCUUAGACUUGAAUGGUUUAAGGCUACCAUCCUUUAAGCCUGGGUGAGUAAUCUAUUUUUUUUUUAAUUGACCCAAGUUAAGUAUUAUCUCUUUGCCAUGGUUGUUGGUAUCCUGUGUUUAACCUGUAUGCAAAGGACCCUUUGGAAGGGUCGGGUCAAGCUGCAAACAAGAGUUGGUUUUUCUGGGUGCUGUUUCUGGAGUGCAGUAGAGACAGAGCAGAGCUGCA